AUGGAGGAAGAGGGUAUUACAAGUUCCAUCUUUCUCCUGUCGCUCUCCCUUCCCUUUUGGUCUCUUGGAAACAUUAAAUGGCCACCAGUUCUCCUGGGACAUCGCGGCGCUGUGACGAAUGUCGCCGGAGACGCAAGAAGGGGGAUCAAAUGCAGCGGAAUCAACAAUGCCCGCAUCUACGUCCACCGUAAUGCACAGAACAUGCGCACACAAUCUCACCGCGGUGCUCUCAGGGUUGCCAUGCAGAGACGGACCGCACACUCUCAGUCUAACCUACCCCCCGAGACGCAGACCGUAGCGGCUGCUACUCCUCCCACAGCUCUGGAGGCUCUUCAGCAACUUGUACAAAAUAGCCAAGCGGCCGUGCUCACUGCCGGUACAUCCCUUUCGUCGAAGCCUGUAGAAUUCUUCUACUCGACUAUUUUGGAUGCGUUUCAACCGGGAGAGCACGUCGGAGUCUUUAGCGGCGAUCGAGUGCCACAGUCAACCACUGAAGGAGAUUGCUCGAGCGUGGCAGUAUGCAUCCGUUCGUUGCUUCCUCUCGCCCAGCAGUCCGCGCGGCAUAUCAUGGACAAAUCAAUCUUCAGCCUGCUGACCAUGUAUCUGAGUCUCUUGGUCAAGGACUCCAAGCUGACGGAAAUGGCACGAGCGGCCUACACCUCGGCGGUGCGAGAAUUCCGCCUUUUCAUCGGGUCUCAGUUCCAGCGAGGACUGGCACAUGGCCAGACAAGCCAAUAUCAGCUUUUCCUAGCGCUCUCUACAGCUCUGCAGCUAUUCGAGUACGUGAAUGAUCUGGGAGAAAUGCGAUCGGGCUUCCUGGCCCAUCACGAGGGAAUGCUCCAAAUCCUCCAGAUAUCCGGACCCGAAGUGUACCAAUCACCUUAUUUGCUACAGUCCUUCUCUGGACUCCGCGGUAUAAUUAUAUUUGUCGCUCUGCAGAGACGACGCCCCAUCUUCCUAUCCGAACCGACCUGGAUCUACACUCCAUUCUUUUAUCGGCCAAAGACGAGGCGGGAAAUCCUUCACGAUCUCGCCCUGAGACUUCCAGACCUGUUAUAUCGCACGGAUGACCUGAUCCCGUUGCUCGUGCAGACCCCUCGAGGAGAUGCAGACGGUCGAAGCAACAACUUCCGGGAAUUGAUGGACGUCACCCAGAAGCUUGUCGCAGACUUUACACAAUUGAAAGCUGACCUCGAAGCAUGGUUCCAAAACUUCAAGCAAUCGUACUCGCCCGCGCCUAUCUACUGGACCACCGACACCGUCUUGGACAGCGCCCAUUCCUACACGGACCCGGUCUGCGUCCCGGACCUGCAGGAUCCAAAGUACCAGCUGCGAUUCCAGGACGGCCAAAAGGCCGGCGUGUUGAUCUGCUACUGGAGCUUCAUGCUCGAGCUGCUCAUGAGCGUGAUCGACGUGCAGGCUGCAGCCUUGUUGUUGUCUACGAGACCAGGCAACGACGGAGGAGAUAUGACCAUAGAUGCCGUAUGCGAGGACCUCGACGCCCACCGCGCUACCGCAGAUGACUGCGCAUUCCUGAUUCUACAGUCAAUGCCGUAUUUGCUGUGCUGUCUGGAAGGCGUCUUUGUGACGCAGUCACCACUGAGUCUUGUCCAGAGGUAUUUCGCUCGGCGGCAACAGUCGUCUCAUCCGCUCGCGAGUGAGUGA